GUAAAGUCCAAAGACUUUCUCGUUGGAGUAUUUAGAUAAAGAAAAAUAAGAUGAACAAAAUAGACCUAGCACAAGUUGAAAAAUAAAUAAAUAAAGAGAAAAAAGAAGAAAAACUCUAUUGAGGAAGAGGCUUGCGCUUUGCAUUGCAUUGCAUAAGCUGACCGAUCUGCUGCUCAUCAAGAUUGCGAUGAGAGUUAGAAGGAACGGGAUCGAAGCUCAUCUCAUAAACCCUAGCAGAUCUUCCGCAAUGAAACCCUUCUUCUCUCUCCUCUCAAUUUCAACUACAUUCUCGAUCACAUUAUUAUUACUUGCUCAUACCACUUCAGUGUUUGCUGAUUCAAUCCAUGGAUGUGGCGGAUUUAUAGAGGCGAGUUCGAGUUUGGUAAAGUCGAGGAAAUCGAGUAAUGCGAAAUUGGAUUACUCACAUAUCACGGUUGAGCUACAAACUUUGGAUGGGUUGGUGAAGGACAGUACUCAGUGUGCACCUAAUGGCUACUAUUUUAUCCCUGUUUAUGAUAAGGGAUCCUUCAUAAUUAAGGUCCGGGGGCCAAAAGGAUGGGCAUGGGAGCCAGAAAAGGUUCCUGUAACAAUUGACCAUAGGGGAUGCAAUGCAAAUGAAGAUAUCAACUUUCGGUUCACAGGGUUUUCUCUAUCUGGAAGAGUUCUAGGGGCUGUUGGUGGUCAGAGUUGCCGGUUAAAAAAAGGAGGUCCAUCAAAUGUUGUUGUGGAGCUUCUAUCAUCAACAGAUGAUCUCAUUUCCUCUGUAUCAACAUCAACAACAGGAGAUUACUCUUUCAAGAAUGUAAUUCCAGGGAGGUACAGAUUACGAGCUUCCCAUCCUGAUUUGAAUGUGGAAGUUAGAGGUUCUACUGAGGUUGAGGUGGGGUUUGAAAACAGUGUUAUUGGUGAUAUUUUCUCGGUUGCCGGUUAUAAAAUCCGUGGACAUGUUGUAGCUCAGGGAAAUCCAAUCUUGGGAGUCCACACUUAUUUAUAUUCAGAUGAUGUUCUGGAAGUUGAAUGUCCCCAGGGUGCUGGUCAUGGUCCUGGGGAUAGGAAAGCCCUCUGUCAUGCUGUAUCUGAUGCAGAUGGAAAGUUCACAUUUAAGUCUAUACCAUGUGGGGAUUAUGAGCUUGUUCCUUAUUACAAGGGGGAAAACACAGUUUUUGACAUAUCACCACCCACUGUGGCUAUAUCUGUUGAGCAUUCCCAUGUUACUUUACAGCAGAAGUUCCAGGUGACUGGAUUUUCAAUAGGCGGUAGAGUAGUGGAUGGAAAUGGUGCUGGAGUGGAUGGUGCUAAAGUUUUUGUAGAUGGUCAAGAAAGAUCUUUCACUGAUGAAAAUGGAUAUUUUACUCUUGAUCAGGUUACUUCUAAUCAUUAUGCAAUUGAAGCCCACAAGAAGCAUUACAAGUUUGAAAUCUUAAGGGAUUUCUUGGUUCUACCCAAUAUGGCUUCUAUCCCUGAUAUCAGAGCAGUUUCUUAUGAUGUUUGUGGUUACGUGCGGAUGGCUGAUGCUGGAUACAAGGCUAAGGUAGCUUUAACCCAUGGACCAGAGAAUGUUAAACCUCAAGUGAGACAGGCAGAUCAAAAUGGAAAUUUCUGUUUUCAGGUUCCACCAGGUGACUAUCGUCUGUCUGCCAUGGCAUCUACACCGGAGAAUGCUCCGGAACUUGUGUUUUUGCCUCCUUAUACUGAUGUCAGUGUUAGAAGUCCACUUUUGAAUAUUGAAUUCUCUCAGGCACAAGUGAAAAUUCACGGAGAGGUCGUGUGUAAGGAGAGAUGUGGCUCAUCUAUUUCCAUCACACUUGUGAGACUGGGUAAAAGUAACAAAGGGAGGACGGUCAGAUUGACUGAUGAGCAUAACAAAUUUACUUUUUUGGAUGUCUUCCCUGGAAAGUACAGGGUUGAGGUCAAGUAUGCUCCUGCUGAUACUGCCAUAGAAGAAGAUAGAUGGUGUUGGGAGCAGAGUUCUAUUGAUGUUGAUGUUGGCACAGAGGAUGUUGAAGGGAUUUUGUUUUCUCAUAAAGGUUACUGGGUUGAUGUUACUUCUUCACACGAUGUAGAUGCUAGGAUGAUUCAGCCAGAUGGAGAGUCUCUGCCUUUGAAAAUUAAGAAAGGCUUGCAGCGCUUGUGUGUGGAGUCUCCAGGGUUAAAUAAAUUAGAGUUUGUCAACUCUUGCAUUUUCUUUGGGAGCUCUUCCAUCAACAUUGAUACAGCAAAUCUGAUGCCUGUUCACUUGAAAGGGGAGAAGUAUCUUGUGAAAGGACAAAUCAAUGUUGAUCGUACCUCAGUGACAUCUGUUGAACUUCCAGAGAGCAUUGUUAUUGAUGUCUUUGAAAAUGGCAAUGUUCUUGCUGAUGGGACAAUUGCCAAGCUUUUACCUGAUCAAAGUGAUGAAACAGAGGUUGCUCUAUAUAAAUAUUCUAUGUGGGUAAAUCCUGGGCAGAAAAUUACAAUUAUUCCAAGUGAAUCAAGAACCUUGACUUCAGCCACAUCUUCGAGUAUAAAUCGUUUAAAGAAAAUUUUGUUCUACCCUAGACAACAUCAGAUCGCAGUUACACAUGAUGGUUGCCAAGGCUCAGUUCCUUCAUUCACUGGUCGAUUGGGUCUCUAUAUUGAAGGAUCUGUUUCGCCCUCUAUAUCUGGUGUAAGUAUCAGGAUAAUAGCUGCUGGAGAUAGCCAUAAUGCUCCACUUAAGAAGGGUGAAUUAGCUCUUGAAAUUUCAACUGGAUCUGAUGGUGUCUUUGUAGGGGGUCCUUUAUAUGAUGAUAUAAGUUACACCUUGGAAGCUUCAAAGCCUGGCUAUCAUCUGAAAGCUGUUGGACCUCAUUCCUUUUCCUGUCAGAAGCUUGGUCAAAUAUCUGUGCAUAUAUACUCUAAAGAAGUCACCGAAGAGCCAUUUCCUUCAGCUUUAUUAUCACUAAGUGGUGAUGAUGGCUACAGGAACAACUCCAUUACAGGAGUUGGUGGCCAUUUUGCUUUUGAGAACUUGUUCCCUGGAAGUUUCUAUCUCCGCCCUUUGCUAAAGGAGUAUGCUUUCUCUCCACGUGCACAGCCAAUUGAACUUGGAUCAGGAGAGUCUAAAGAAGUUGUUUUUGAAGCCACUCGUGUUGCUUACAGUGCUAUGGGCAUGAUUACUUUGUUGUCCGGCCAACCUAGAGAAGGUAUCUCAAUUGAGGCACGAGCAGAAUCAAAAGGCUAUUAUGAGGAAACAACUACUGAUUCAUUCGGAUUCUAUCGAUUACGAGGACUUCUGCCAGACACAACCUAUAUAAUCAAGGUAGCUAAAAAGAAUGAUUUACCCGGGGCUGGAAUUGAGCGCGCAUCUCCAGAAUCUAUCACUGUGAAGGUUGGCUUUGAGGAUAUCAAGGGGUUGGACUUUGUAGUUUUUGAAGAGCCUGAGAGAAGCAUUUUGAGUUGCCAUGUUGAGGGUGAAAGAAAUGCUGAAUUAGAUUCUCAUCUUUGGGUGGAGGUCAAGUCAGCUGGUGAGCCAUCAAAAGUGAAGUCUUCCUUUCCCCUGCCACUAUCACGCUUCUUCCAGGUUAAAGACUUGCCCAAGGGUAAGCACCUGCUGCAGCUUCGAUCUGCUCUCCCUUUAACCACCCACAAGUUUAUAUCAGACGUUAUUGAGGUCGACAUAGAGAAGCAUAGACAUAUACAUGUUGGCCCUCUCCGAUACAGAAUAAAUGAGGAUAUUCAAAUACAGGAAUUAACGGCAGCCCCAGUUUUCCCUCUUGUUGUUGGAGUUUCGGUGAUACUUCUUUUCAUGAGUAUACCAAGAAUAAAGGAUUUAGUCUCAGGAAUAUCCAUGCCGGGAUCCACUUCAACUGCAAAGAAAGAAGCAAGGAAGCCAGUUGUGCGAAAGAAGACAUUUUGAUAACUCUUUCUCCUUGUUCUUGAAAAGCAACUGCAAUAUACGUAUAAAGAAUUAUGACAAUCUGGUUUGAUGAAGAUUUGCCUUGGGUGAGAAGACCGAUGAGCAGACAUCUUCAAAAGAAUGAACUCAGGUACUCAGUUGCGGCUAAGUAGCCGAAGACAAAGGGAAAAUGUAAAAGCUUGGAACCUGCCAAAAACAUGAAUUUUGCUUCAAUAGAUUUAUAGAAUUAGUUCUGUUAGAUUCUGUAGACAUUUUUUGUAACAUAACUUAUUUCCCAUGCCAUUUUGCCAACAAGGGACUGUAGAGGUUAGAUGAUUCUGUACCUAGCCGCCUCGGUUGUAGCCAUAGUGUAAUUGAUGGUUGAGCCAACCCAAAAAAAAAUAAUACGUAGAAAAAAUUCAUUGCUUGUUUUA